AUGAAAAAAAAGGAGAAGAUCUCAGGAAAACCAAGGAAAAGAAUUGAAAAGAAAAGACUCAAGAGAGAAAAGAAGACUCAGGGAGCGCGAGCCACAGAAGCUUUCCAAACGGUUUCAUCGCGACCGAAAAGUGACAAGGGCGGUUUUUCGAGCAGUCCUUCGCUCCGGGAUGUCUCCAUUUUGUCUCUUUCUUUCUCUCUCUGCUCUCGCUGGUCACCCUUCCCUUGUCUUCUUCUCUCUCUUCUUCUUUUGAGGUCUUCUUUCCGUCCCUCAGUUUUCUUUCUCUCACGUUGCUUCAGCAUUUUUUCCUCCAGUCUUCCCCUCUUGCCGAUCUUCACCUUCAAGGACGGAGGCAGGGGAGGCCCACGGGUGUACAGCUGUCUCUGUGCCUGGCGCUCUUUCGGAUUGAAGCUCGUCUGUAAAAAGACACAAAAUCUUUCGUCGUGGUGCUAG